ACAGCUCCACCCACACGGUGUCGACCGGAUUACGGUUGUCCUGUACUGCGAAGUGCGUAAAUUAAACCUUCCGUGACUCUGAUUUCUGCAAGUAAUUUUUGGGGAGUUUUGGAAUAUUAACUACAGUCAUUGUUUAAAAUAUAGUUAACAUUGUGGUAUAGAUGUGGGUUAAGUUGAUACAUUAGAUGGUUUGCCGACAACUUAAAACCAGAAACUUACUUGAAAUCGGACGAAUUUGUAAAAACUUUAGAGGAAGCAGGUAUUGGUAAAAUAUCACGGCAAUGGGGAUUUAGCUUUGAUAGACAGGGACUGUUUUUAUGACAUUUGCUUUGGAGAAGAAAAUACAGUCGUGGAAGGAAGGUGAGUGUUGACAUUGGUUCCCUGUUUGGUGGGGGAUGCUAGCGGACCAGUGGCAAACCGAGGCUGAAGGAGCAUGGUGAAGCACCAACCCUUGCAGCAGGUCUAUGAAAAGCAGCUUUGCUUGUCCUUCCUCACUGGGAUCUAUGGGUGUCGCUGGAAACGCUAUCAGCGUUCCCAUGAUGACAGCUCCAAGUGGGAGUGUGCUUGGUUCAUCAUCUUGUGCAGUACCUUCUUCCUACUGCUUUUCUGGGCUUACUUCUGGUUGGAGGCCCACAAUGACUACAAUCAAUUCAACUGGUUACUAUACAACCGUUCUGGGGAAUGGAAGGAUGGCACUGUCCCCAUUUUUGCCACAACCACAGUUGGCUUAAGUUACAUUACAUUUUUAAUGAUUUUAGCACUUUGUCAUAUUUCACUGGGACAACAGCUGAACCUCUACUGGAUCCACAAGAUUGGUGUGUUGGCUACCUUGAUCACCACAGUCAGUGGCAUGGUCUCCAUCGAUGACAUGUGGGGGGAUGAGUGGGACAUAAUCCUUAUAUCCAUACAGUCCACAGGGCCUUUCUUGCACAUUGGAGCUCUGGCUGCUGCCACUUCACUGGGCUGGCUGGUUGCUGGACAUGUGGUCCGUGGGCAGAGAACAAAGUUCCAGAUGACACUGCUCCUGAUCUACGUGAGUGUUUUGCUGGCACUUUAUGUGGUCCCCCUGUCCAUCUCCUCACCCUGCAUAAUGGACAGAACCAGCCUCAAACCGCGUCCUGAGGUCAUUGGAAGACGGGGCGCUCCAAUGCUGGCUCCAGAGAACACCCUAAUGUCCUUCAACAAGGCCCUACAGCAGGGGGUCAGCUCUCUGGAGGCGGAUGUCACCGUCAGUCUGGAUGGGGUGCCCUUCCUGAUGCGAGACCGCACACUGAGAAGGACCACUGACAUCACCAAGGUCUUUCCAGACAGACAGCACAAGGAUGCCUCUCUCUUCAACUGGACAGAUAUUCGCUCUCUAAAUGCUGGGCAGUGGUUUCUGGAGAGUGACCCCUACUGGACAGUGGGGUCUCUGACAUGGAAGGACCGGAACCGAAUAGCAAACCUGACAGUGUGUAGCCUGGUUGAGAUGCUUCGUCUUGCAGCCAGGGCCAACCGCUCAGCCCUAUUGAAUCUCCACAGACCUCCCCCAGAGCACCCCCACUACAAGACCUGGGUCAUGGACACCCUGUGGGCUGUCCAGAGGUCUGGGAUAUCACAGAAGAGGGUGACGUGGACCCCGGACACAGACAGGGCGCGUGUCCGGGGGCUGCAGCAGACAUCCUUGGAGAAGCUGUCAGUGGAGGAGCUCCGUAGCAGAGGCAUUAGCAGCCUCACCCUACGUUACUCACAGGCCAGCAACAAGGACAUUCAGAACUUCCUGGCGAACAAUAUGAGUGUAACGGUUUAUCCGGUGAAUGAGCCAUGGCUGUACUCAGUGUUGUGGUGCAGCGGGGUGCCUUCUGUCUCUUCUGACGCCCCUCAGAUCCUCCGGAAGGUGCCUUACCCUAUUUGGCUUUUGAGCCCAUAUGAAUAUGGCUUGGUCUGGAUCACCUCAGAUCUUGUCUCCAUCGCCAUAGUUAUUGGAAUAUUCAUCUUUCAAAACUAUCACGUGAUCAGAUGGAAGAUGAGCGGCAUGCAAAAUUACAAUCCCGAGCAGAUCAUGCUUAGUGCUGUGACGCGCCGGCCCAGCCGAGACGUCAACAUCAUGAAGGAAAAACUCAUAUUCUCAGAGGUAAGCAAUGGAGUAACCAGUGUAGAUGAACAUCUAUAUCCAGAGAAUGGCUACGACAUUGGGCAGUACAAGUGAGCUGUGUCUGUAUUCAGAAUGACUAUGCCCCAGGCAGCACACAUGAGUUGUCUUUGUGCCCUGAGAAAGGCAGUGUCAGUGGGUUCUGUCUGCCUGAGCUGGUCGUGCAAACUGCACUGAUGGUGUCAUCGCAUACUGACUGCCACAGACAGAAUCAAAAUGGAAUCUGCUACCUUAAACGUGGAUGUUUCUGCCAAAAUGUUGCAACUAAUUUUUUAAAAUGUUUUAUAGACUAUUGACCUUUUUGAAGGUAGAUGUUUUUUUUCUUCGAUUCUGUAAAUUUUUGUAAAUAUGUGUUUUUUUAUUUUAAUUAUUUUGUUUUCCCUCUGAGAGGAUUGUCAUGGUUUGUAAUUCUGAAUUGCAUGCUAUAUUCAUGAAAGAAGUCACUUUCAUGAUGAGUAGUGUGUCAUCUCCUAUUGAUGUAUAAUUACAUUUUGGGGAAAUAACCUACUCAGCUCUUGGAUAGUGGUUAUACAGGGCUCCACAAGGAGGCCAUUGAAUAGUAAAGAGUAUUCCAUGUUCCAGUCAUGUUUUCUCUGCCUCUUGUCAUGCCAUGAUUGGUUGGCUUAAGUUGAAGUUAUUAUAUCUUUAUCUUUUCACAUAACUGCCUUUUUGUAGUUGUUUUGGGUAUGUUAUAGAAUUAAUCUGCUGCAUUGGCAGUUUGUUUCAAUAUUUAUAUUGUUAGUUUACCUAAGUCUUAUAAUGUAUUAAUUGUAUAUCAAGUAUGUGGAUCAUAUGUAGUAAUAAACAAAUGGAUCUCAGAAAAUGGGACAUUCUAAGGACCAUGACACGACCUUCCAGAGAAGGUUCCAGGGAAACACCUGUAUAGUUGUAUAAUGUUUGUUGUCUAUAUUUCUUCACUCUAUUUUACCUAAAUGUGCAAUUCUACUUAAUUUAAUGUUUUAAAAAUGUGUAGUAUAAAAAAUUGGGUAAAAUGGCUUUACAGAUCUGUUCCUAGGGAUUGUUGAAUGUGCUAUUAUCAAUCUUUCAAAUGCCUGUUUAUUUAUUAUGACACAACCCUUACAACAUAAUAGUCCAAUUUGUUCAGGUCAAUACCAUACAUUUUAGAAGAGUAGAUCUUUGUAGGCCAACUCCAGGAUACAAUUAAUAAACACCAUUCAUUUUUA